AUGAUCGCAUUCAGAAUCACAGGCCUUGUUCAGGGCGUCAACUUCAGAUCCUCGACUGCUUCGAAAGCCAAGGAGCUCUCUCUGCGAGGAUGGGUGCGGAACACUGCAGAUGAAGCCGUAGAAGGCGAAGCCUCUGGGGAUGCCUCCAGUCUACAGAAGUUCCGAUCUUUCCUGCAGAAAGGACCUCCCGGCGCUCAAGUCGACAAAGCUGAUAUCACAGAGAAGAGUGGAGGGGAUGACCUACCGUCCCCCUUUGCUGUGAGGGACUAG